AUGGCAGAUCCCUCGUCAGAAGCACAGGUCAUUCCACUGUGCCAAAUGCCCCAACAGGUUGGCGCCCGUAAAGCUGAGGAUGAUUGGACUGGAAUCAUAAAUCGGAAGGAACGAAGGAAAUUACAGAACCGACUAAAUCAGCGGCGCUUCCGGUCUAGAAAACAAGAGAGUCAAGCGGAUUCACGUACUACUGCCAUUGCGACUACCGCUUCCUCCACUCCAUUUAAUUCGAGCAUACUGCCCCUGCUUGACUCCCAGGGCCAAUAUGAUGAAAUCUGGGAAUGCCGUCUCGCGCCUCCACGCGCCCGAGAAUUCCGCGAAUGGUUCGCAGCAAAAGCCUAUGAGAGCUAUAUGCAAGGCGCACCAAACCGAGACCACUUAAUCGGUCUGAGUCGACUAAACGUGCACCGCGCCAUCAACGAAAACAUCACUGCCAUUGGAAUGACACCCGUAUGGAUGCAAAGUGACGAUUCAAUAUCGAUCUUCAAUCUGACGCAGCCCAACUCCGGCUUCUUAGUCGAGGGCAUUCCGCCCUGCUUACGUCCGACAUCUAUUCAGUUGCAAAUUCCUCAUCAUCCGUGGUUGGACUUUUUCCCGUUCCCGCACAUGCGCGACGCUAUGAUUCUUGCGGGGGACUCUUGGGAUGACGAUGACCUUUGUCAUGAUCUCAUGGCUUUUUGGGACACCCGGAAUACCGCUGCUACGUUGCUUGUGUGGGGAGACUCGUGGGAUGCGAGAAACUGGGAAGUGACGGAGGCCUUUGCACGGAAAUGGAAAUGGCUACUUGGUGGCUCACCGGAGCUGCUUGCUUCGACAAAUCGGUGGAGAAGUUCGAGAGGGGAGAAACCUCUAAUUUGGAGAGAGAUAUUUUCAGGACUAUAG